AUGACAGACGCUCUCUACGACCUCCUGCAGCCCCAUCUGGCGUCGUCGUCUCAACCACCGCCACAACUACCACCAUCUUCAUCACCCGAAAUAUCCAACUAUCUGUCCCGCCUCGUCUCGCUCCGUCUUGGUGAUUUGACAACCACAGAGCCUCAAUCGCUCACCCAAGCAGCCCAAUCAAACCUCUUCUCAAUCCAGGCUCUGAGUUCCCGCUCUCACCGCACCACGACCACAUCGUCAGACCAUCUCAGCAUUCUCCGCUCCUCACUCCCCCUUAUAUCGACCUCUGCUGAAUCGAUCAAAAAUGCCAUCCCUGAAUUGGACGCCAGCGCUGUGAAGUUUGCCUCGACGUACAGCAAGUCGAAAGAGGAGAGUAGCACGACGGGAGGUGGUGGAAAUGCCCUCCUCACGGCGCGGCGAGAGUCCUCGCUUCUCGCUCGACAAGCCGACAAAGCCCAGGAUAUCCUGGAACUCCCAUCGCUACUCUCUGCUGCCAUUGCCUCGGCCCACACUACGGCGGCGGCAUCAACAAAUUCCGCAUCUGCGGGAGCCAGCGGCGCAAAUUACACUCAGGCGCUCGAUCUCUUCGCCCAUAUCAAGCGCCUUCAGAUCCUCUAUCCUGACUCACAGCUGGUGAAGUCCGUCCUCGCCGAUGCCGAAAACGCCAUGAAGGACAUGACAACGAACCUUGUCGCCAGUCUUCGGGGCCAGAACCUCCGUCUCGCUGCUGCUAUAAGGAUGAUCGGCUGGUUACGACGGGUGGCGCCGGAGUUGUCAACGAGCACGACCGUGGGCUUUCCGUCGGCCACUUCUCAGACCAACAAAUCGGGUCUCUCCACAUCGAGACUGACCUCGCAACUCGGGCUGGGUGCACCUGCGCCAUCACACCAGGAAGAAGGCCACUUUGGAGCCCUGUUCCUGGUCUCACGGCUCUGCACGUUCCUGAGUAUGGUCGAGGCCCUUUCUCCACUACGCGAUCUGGCGGAUCAAGAGACUCUGGCACGCAAAGAAGCCGCCAGCUCUACGUCAACUCCUCCGCAACGACAGCACCUGAGCACGACACGGCCUUCUCCUUCAAACCGUAGGACCUCUUCCGGUGGGACCUACAAUCCCUCCCUCGCGGGCCAACAGACGGAACGCUACCUGAAACGAUUCAUUGAGAUCUUCCGCGAACAGUCCUUCGCGACGAUCAGCAUGUACCGCAACAUCUUCCCGGCGGACGAACAACCACAGGCGGCGGCGCCCGAGGAGGCGUCGUCGUCAUCGCCACCACCACCACCAGACCUGUCUCUCACGUUACCUCCCGCGCUGCAGACGUUCCCGCUGUACUUGGUCGACAUCUUCAUCUCCACGCUCAAACAGUACCUCCCGAAUGUGACGGAUCCGGCCGCCAGGGAGAGCUUGCUGAUGCAGGUGCUCUACGCGGCAAACUCACUCGGCCGGCUCGGCGCUGAUUUCAGCUUGAUGAUCGCCGAGCUCGAGGAGGAGGAGGACGAAGAUGACGAUGGAGACAAAGACGUAGCCCCGGGCGAAGACACGGCAGAGGAGGCCGCAGAAACGGGUUUUGAGGAAAGCGAGUCCGUGGCAGCGAACGGCAAGGGCGAAGAAGGAGACGAAGAAGAAGAACAGACAGCAGCAGCAGCAGCAGCAUCAGAAGAGAUGAAGACGAAGACGAAGACGAAGACGAAACCCCAGCCCGAGCCAGAGUGGAUCUCCAUCACCAAGAAACACCGCGUGCAAGCCGCACGGUUGGAGGCGCUGGCCGCGGGACAAGAGCGCCAGCGUGCUGCAGAUGUCGCUGUGCGAUAG